ACCAGGAAAUCUCAUGGCAGUGAUUGUUAUACCUCAUGCGUAGAUUGAUGCCGAUACACAACUGAUGCACGCUUAUUCAUUGAUACAGCUGAGUACGGUACAUGUAUUAGACGGCCUGCAAGCGAGAAAUGAAUAACACGAGACCAUUCAUUAAUGUUUAACCAAGGUAUCUCAAGAACGGUUGUCAGAGAGAGAAACAAUGAUGGGAUAAGUGACGUGACCACGUAUGGAACUGAAGCACCUGGGCGGAAAUGAAUUCGUGACGUCAUGGAUUGCAUUCUUCAUGUUAACGGCAUUUUGGAUUACCAGUGGACGUUCGGAAAGCCUCUGUUUUUCUCUGACGCGUUACAACGUUUCAUAUAAACGUCCCCACUCCUCAUACUCGGGAAAGUCUCUGAAACAGGAAGUUGUUUACAUACGUGUGGCUCAGGACAACCUAUCAGUGGCGUGCUCUUUUGACCUCUGUGAUAUUAUUUAUCCGUCUAAGCAACCCGGAACCGGGGCAGAGCACGUCAAUGCUAAGCAAUCUUAUAAACUGACCUCAAUACGUGUUGAAUGUCCGGUGGCAAAGUUGGUGAAAUUUGAGGCUCUUAACUGUUCUGUUGGAUUGAUGCCUUUAUACGAGGUAUCACUCAACCACUGCAAGAUCAGAACCACUGAUGUCCAUAGGCUUCUGGGCCGUUUAAACGCUUCUACGGUUAUCUUGAAUGAGACGGAAGUAGAACCUCCCAGGUCAAGAGGUAUUCACAGGGUCAUAUCCCGUCACUUGGAAACGUUUGCUGUCGAGAACAUUAAUUUGAAGGACCGAUUUAACGAAUUAUUCCCGUCAGCAGGCAAAUAUGAAAACGUGUUAAUGUGUAGACUUUCAAAUGUUUCACUAGAGCAGCUUCCUGAGAAUUUUCUUCAACGAUUUCCACAUCUUCAGUACUUAAAUCUCUCCAGAAAUUCCUUCACAUCACCACCAAAUUUCCCGUGGGACACGGAAUCACACACGCACAUGCCUUUGCAACUGAUGAAAAUUCGCAAGAGUUUUCUCGUAGGGUUGCCUGAUGACGCCUCACCUAUUGUUCUGGUUUUGGACCAUAACAACAUAACGUCCCUGAUCAAUUUUACCUUUCGUGGAUCUCUAAAUGUGUUAUCGUUAGUGAAAAACGGUUUAGAAUUGAUCGGCACCCAGACGUUUAUAAAUCUGACAGAUCUAACAUACUUAAAUAUUAGUGACAAUAAUUUACGAAGUAUUCCCCAGUUUUGUUUAGGGUCUGAGUGCAAAUUGCAAACUUUGGAUUUACGAAAAAACCUGCUUCAACAUAUAAAUGUCGAAAUUUUUCGGACGUUAAAAGAGCUUCGAAUUUUGAAUAUUGCCAACAAUAAGCUGAAGAGGAUUGAAGAAGACAGUUUUUCUUCUCUACGAAAGCUCAGAACUUUACACCUGGAAAACAAUGAGAUUACCUUUAUUCAUCAAGACAGUCUUCCCACGGACAGCGAUUAUCUUCAUGAAAUAUACUUACAGAACAAUCCCUUGAUUUAUCUACCGGAAGGUGUGAUAUUCCUAACAGGAAUCACUUUAGUCGAUUUAUCCGGUUGUAACAUCACAUUUAAUUCUCUACUGGAUACAAUUAAUGCUGUUAAUAUCCAUAGUUUUACCUUUAUUCUCAAUGACGCAGCAGCUACACGAACGGACGACUAUGACAAAACUCGAGAAAACUUGCUGAAGCGUCGUCAGGACUACAAGCGCACGAUAAAUCUAUCUGGUAACAAUAUUUCUUCAAUUCCAGCUCCGAUUUUAAGUAAUGUCAGCGACAGGGAUGAGAUGGAGAUGGAAAGAAAAUUCCGCCUGCUUCUCAUAUAUUUCAAAUUCGACCUGUCAGAAAAUCCACUUUGGUGUGAUUGCAAAAUGGUGGACUUUUUAAAUUACAUUUCAGUUCACACUACGCCUUCACAAGACACGUUUUUGGGUGAUGAAUACUUCUUCACGGAGUGGAAAUGCUCUGGUCCAGCGGAAUUUUUCAAACAAUCUUUAUUAUCUCAAAAAUCCAGCAACCUGUACUGCCAAGCAGUAAAUGUCACGUGCCCAGCUAGGUGUCGCUGCUACAGGUACGCGCAAAGUACUCAUCGCUUGGUUGAUUGUGGGAAUUCGCAAAAAGUUACUCUGCCGCAGGAUAUACCCAAAGAAACGUUGACUUUGCGCUUGAAUGACAACAACAUAACGGUGCUGACUCCUAGGGACUAUUUAAGUCAUAUAGAAACUUUGAACUUGUCUAAUAACAAUCUAGAGGAACUUCCCCCUGAAGUAUUACGGGCCAUGCCAAAGUUACGCCAUUUGUAUUUAGACCAUAACGCGUUACAAACUCUCCCCCGAUUAAUCACCAAACUGGACAGGAUAAGGGAGAUAACUCUCAGCAACAACCGGUUUCACUGUGAUUGCCACAGUGUGUGGUUGAAGUCAUGGUUAUUGAUCAAUGAACACCGUGUGAAGGACGUGAGCGACGUGCUUUGCAUAAAAUCAGACAGAACCAUUUCUGUUAUGAUUCGCGUGAACGACGCUGACUUUGUUUGCGUUAGAGGAAAAAACAUGACGUAUUUCCAGGUCUGCAUGUCGAUAACAUCAUGUUUCGUCAUGGCAGUCAUCAUAGGUUUCGUAUGUUACUGCCUCAGGCUGGAGUUAAGGGCCUUGGUUUAUUCGUAUUUCAUGGUCAGACUAUUCGACAGGUCAACGAAUCCCGAGAAAGACGAAGUGAUCAAAAUACUUGUAGCUGUUGCUCAAGAGGAUUACGAAUUCUGCCAGCAACAACUUCUUCCUAUUUUUCAGUCUGAUGAUCGCUCCAAUUUGGUAGUAGUGACAUGUAGAGAUUUCAUUGCUGGUUUAUCCCGUGUUCAAAAUUUAUCCCACAUGGUGAAAUGUAGCUUUAGAAUGGUAGCUGUGGUUACGGAGAAAUUCUUGUCGGAGGAAGUGUGUCGUUUGGCAUUGGACAAAGGCUUGACAAAAGCGCGCGCAAAGAAACACUUCCUGGUUAUUUUCACUGCAGACGUCGCCAACAAGACUAAUCUACGGAGUAUUAAUACACGUCUCGGUCGGUUUUACAAAACACGGCGUUACCAAUGUAUUGGACAGUCGGAUGUGUUAAGGGACAAAAAGUUGAAAUAUCUUACAAGUGCGAGAGAAUGGUCUUCCAACAUUGAAGAGUCAUCGCCUUGGUGGGAUAUAUGUCUGCAGUCACUUAGUGUUUCGGAAAGUUCACAAAGUUGUCUAUAUGAUGUCUACAUCGCAUACGACGCCAGCGAUUUUCAAUGGUCUUUUUAUGACCUAAGGUGUAAACUGGAGGCAGACGGUUUCAGUACCAGGCUGUCCGAUCUCCAUUUCAUUCCCGGUGAUCCGAUUCAAGACAAUAUGGUUCACGGGGUGUCUAGUUGUCGAUACGUGCUUCUCGUAUUGUCCACAGCUUUUGUGGCCAACGAAUGGCCCCUGUUUUUGUUGAGAAUUGCUUACGAAAGGACUUUGAGAGAAAACAAUAACAGUCUCAUUGUUAUCACGACAGAAGAUCUCAUUCCGUCCAGUAUCGAAGACGAAGAUUUGUCGUUGUUUCUGAAGACACACGCGUACCUUGAAAGAGGCGAUUCUGAUUGGUGGAUGAAGUUGAGGCGCUCCCUGACAAAAACGAGUCGAUCAUCAAGCGCAUUGGAUAUGUCAAGGCAGGACCAAAAUAGCUCUGCAAACGCACUGACACAAUGCCAAGAAAAUGUUGUCGUCGAAGAAACGAAUCAGCUGUUCAGUACAAAACUUAACAAGCUUAGUGACAGCGUUUGUAUGCAAGAGUUGGACCAGAUCAAAGAGAACGUCAGCGUAGAUGGGUGUUUAACCUGAAUGUUCUACUUCAUCACUCAGUGAACUAAACUGGUGUGAAUUGGAAAAAGGGGAAAACAUUAUAAGGAAAUAGGCAUCAAUAGAAGACCGUUUAAACUAUACAAGAAAUUAGACCUACUUCUACCUAUUUUAAAACAUUUUGAAUGAUUUACAGUCAAAUAUGUCGAUUGUAGGGUAGCCUUUAUGGAACACUUAUUGAUAAAUAAGGUCACACAACGUUCUGUACACCUUUAUGCUUAGACCUGAAAAAAUUGGACUUUACUGAUGCCAUAUGCACCUUUGCACAAUAGAACGAAUCUAAUAUUAAAUUCCUGUCUAAGGGCCAGAAAAAACGACGUUAUGUCAUUAAGGACGUAGCUUCGAUAUAUAUCGUUAUCAACAUGAUCCAUAAAGCCUACCAUGCAAUCAAAUAAUUUGAUUGCACUUAACUAAGAAAAAUAUUUAACACAAAAAGUAAAGUUAUUUUCAGAUACGGUACAGGUUUCCAAUGGUCUUUACAUUUAUGCUUACUCCAUUUUGUAUAGUAUUUCCCGUUAAGUCUUUCAGAAAACUGUUUUGAGAUUAAACAGAAAAUGGAAAGGUGAUAGACGGAGCAUAGUGUCUUGGUAAACUCAGGGAGCGUAACAAUCAAACCAUGCUUAUGUUUCUGUAGUAAUGUAUUGAAUGUUUCUGUAAUGAUAUUAUUUAUCUCUUGCAAAGUUUAUUUUGUCUGUAUUAUGUUUUUAGGUCGGUAUUAUAAUCCACCGUCAUGUUCCCUAUCUUUAUAACCAUGUGACUAUACUCGACCGAUUUUCUAGAAACUGUGAAAUAACUGUGAAAUUUUAUAACUACUUUGCUAUGAAAUGAAUAUAUCAGUGACACUAUAAAUAUUAAGUACAAAUUUAAUAAUACAUGUUCUGUUAAGAAACAUUUUGACUCCUUCAUAUUUUUGCUCAUUUGAUUUUUUAGAAGAGUUUUUCUGACGGGCAAAAUCAGACCCUGUGUCCAUCCCUGCCUUAGCGAGCGAGGAUCUGGGGCAAAACUGAUUUUAGACUUAACUUUAGGCCAUACCUUUACUUCUCUAUUUAGUCCAAAAAAUCAUGUAACAUUAUGUUAAAUACUAACGAUACCCCUUGUUGUUGUACUUGGCUUUUGACAUUGACAUUGGCUUUGGUGUUCUGCUAAAAUCUUGAAUAUUAUAUUUCAUUUGAUAAAGAUAUACGUGUAAUAGCUAACACUUUUGCACAAUCGAAUUUGAAUCAGGGGAUACACACAACCAUAUCUACCCUGUGUCGAUAGGAUCAGGAAUUUCCAUGGCCACCUUGGUCCCGCCUAGAUAUAUUUUCUCUUAUUUAUUCGAUUUGUGUUUCACACCUACUCAUUAACACUGGCAUAUACAGUCACCUCAUAUUUGAAUCACUGCUUGUGUUAGUUUAUGUUUAUUUACAUCCUCUCC